CGGGCGCGCCUACUCGGGGCAUUGCGGUAGCGGCGCGGCGGGUGCCCGGCGGGGAGCGCGGCCGUUGCCCCGGCCAUGGAGCGGGGGGCGCGGCGCGGCGGCGGGCUGCUGGCGGCGGCGUGGAGGAGCCUGCGGGAGCGCGGCCCCAGGGAUGGCGGCGGCCCGGGGGGGCUGGCCCGGCUCUCCGUGGGCUCCGGGCACAGCCGGGGGGCGGCUGGCUCCGGAGGACCGAGGAUCCAGGGGAGCAGGCCCCUCUCUCUGUCCGCGGCUGCCAGGGCCGUCUGGGCAGCGGGCAGGUGGGGAGGCGGCGGUGGGAAGCAGCAGCUCACCCUGCACGACGUGGCAGAGCUCAUUCAGAAGAAGGAGUGUCGCCGAGUGGUGGUGAUGGCUGGCGCCGGGAUCAGCACCCCCAGCGGCAUCCCCGAUUUUAGGUCCCCGGGGAGCGGCCUCUACAGUAACCUUGAGCAGUACAACAUCCCUUACCCAGAAGCCAUCUUCCAGCUGACGUAUUUCUUUGCCAACCCCAAGCCCUUCUUCACUUUGGCCAAGGAGCUCUACCCUGGCAACUACAGGCCCAACUACGCCCACUAUUUCCUGAGGCUCCUGCACGACAAAGGGCUCCUCCUGCGCCUCUACACCCAGAACAUUGACGGGCUGGAGAGAGUUGCUGGGAUCCCUCCCGACAGACUGGUGGAAGCUCAUGGCACCUUUGCCACUGCCACUUGCAUGGUGUGUCGAAGGAAGUUCCCAGGAGAGGACUUCAGGGGGGAUGUCAUGGCAGACAAGAUCCCUCACUGUCCUGUCUGCACUGGAAUCAUCAAGCCCGACAUAGUGUUCUUCGGUGAGGAGCUCCCGCAGCGCUUCUUCCUGCACGUGACAGACUUCCCCAUGGCAGACCUGCUUUUCGUCAUCGGAACGUCCCUGGAGGUGGAACCCUUCGCCAGCCUGGCUGGAGCUGUUCGAGGCUCCAUUCCCCGAGUCCUGAUCAACCGAGAUCUCGUAGGACCCUUCGCCUGGCAGCAACGCUACAACGACAUAGCCCAGCUGGGGGACGUGGUCAGCGGGGUCGAGAAGCUGGUGGAGCUGCUGAACUGGACCGAAGAGAUGCAAACACUAAUUCAGAAGGAAAAAGAAAAGCUGGAUGCAAAAGACAAAUAGGACAGCUGGCGCCGUGCUGCUGGAGAGCGAUGUGCACCUCGAAAAGCAGAUGUCACGCCCAGCACGGCCAGAGAAAGAUCACGGCAGGGAGCCGGGGAAGAGGCCAUCCGGCUCUGCACAAACCCACGCAGGACUUGGAGGAGGGGACGCUCGUGGCUCCAGCCAGCCUGGAAGCAGAGGCCCUCGCCCACGGAGGAGGGGAGGCCGAAGGGAGCGCUGCCCAAAUGCCAAGCUGCAAACUGGUUCUGCACGUGAAGGCUUCCCUACCCGAGACUGCAGAACAGUUGACGUAGCCGCUGAGCGCUGUUCCCUCCUCGUCUUACCUCCUUCCAGCACCCUCUAGGAGAGGCUCUCCUCUUCCACAGCUCUGGCUGUCGCCCCAUCAGCACACCACAACCAUGCCCAGCCGUGAGAGCUUCACCAGUAAGCGGCUGGGAGCUCAGGGGCUCGUGCCAGCAUGUUGGACGAGCUGCACAUAUCCAGCUUGCCGUUUAGGUCUCCUUCCUCCUGAGCCGUCCGACCUCAGAGACCCUCGGAGCGCCUGGUUUUCACGGAGCAGGAGUUGAAAAUGCCACGAAGGUCAGGCCUUGGGGCAGGACAGUCCAGAGUGAGGUUUCCAGCUCCUCACACCAGACUGAGCAUCUCCCAGCUCCUUCCAGAGCUCCUCCUCACGAUCCUCCAGCUGCUGCAGACUCGUAGUGUUUAUUCUUCAGAUGAAAUCUCUGCUAAUCAGGGGACAAAUGCUGUCAUGGGGGCCUGCCCCCAUUCCUGUUCAGGAACGCCAGCUCAAGCUGCUGGAAGAGUUUAGAAUCUGUGUGGUGUUAAUUAUUUAAUAAUAAAGAGACUUCUAAU